AUGGCGGAGACGGGAAAGAACACGGCGCGACGCGACCUGUUGCUGGAGCUGCAGCGUCGCGCGCAGGGGAAGUGGGCGCGGGAGAAAACGUUCGAGGUGGACGCGCCGAAGGCGAGCGAUGGCGAGGGAGGGAGGGAUAAGUUUUUUGGAAACUUUCCGUAUCCGUACAUGAACGGGCUGCUGCAUCUCGGACACGCGUUCUCGCUGAGCAAGCUGGAGUUUGCGAGCGCGUAUCACAGGCUGAAGGGCGAUCGGACGCUGUUUCCGUUUGCGUUUCACUGCACGGGGAUGCCGAUCAAGGCGUGCGCGGAUAAGAUUGCGAAGGAGAUUGCGGCGUAUGGGAAUCCACCCGUGUUUCCCGACGCGAGCGUGAUGGAGGCGGAGGCGGAGGCAAAGGCGAAGGCGGAGGCGGCGAACGCGGGGCCGGCGGACCCGACAAAGUUUGUGGCGAAGAAAUCGAAGGCGACGGCGAAGAAGGGGACGCAGGCGACGCAGUGGGCGAUCAUGCAAGCGAGUGGGAUCCCAGAUGAGGAAAUUCCGAGCUUCGCGGAAUCUAUGCAUUGGUUGAAUUAUUUUCCGCCGCUGGCGAAGCGCGACGUCAUCGCCAUGGGAUGUCAAGUCGACUGGAGACGUUCGUUCAUCACCACCGACGCGAAUCCGUUCUACGAUGCGUUCGUUCGCUGGCAGUUCAAUACGCUUAAGAAGAUUGGUAAGAUUGUGAAGGCGAAGCGUUUCGCCGUGUACUCGCCGAUCGAUGGACAGCCGUGCGCCGACCACGACAGAGCUUCGGGUGAAGGCGUCGGACCGCAAGAAUAUUUGCUCAUUAAGAUGGCUGUGUACGAUGAAUGCCUCACUGGUGAUCUUGCACCUUUGGCCGGUAAGAAGGUAUUUUUGGCUGCCGCGACUUUGCGUCCGGAAACGAUGUACGGUCAGACAAACUGCUGGAUUUUGCCCGACGGCGACUAUGGCGCGUACGAGCUCGCCAACGGUGAAGUCGUAGUCAUGUGUGAGCGCGCUGCUUUGAACCUGUCUUACCAAGAACAGUUCGCGGAAGAAGGUAAACCCAAGUGCCUGCUUACGUUCAAGGGUCAAUCCUUGAUCGGUUGCGCGGUCAAAUCUCCGCGAGCUGAGCUCGAGAAGAUUUACUGCUUGCCCAUGAUGACAAUUCUCAUGAACAAGGGCACGGGCGUUGUUACCUCCGUUCCGUCUGAUUCUCCGGAUGAUUUCAUGGCGCUCAGUGAUUUGAAGGCCAAGCCUGCGUUGCGAGAAAAGUUUGGUGUCAAAGACGAAUGGGUAAUGCCUUUUGAAGUCGUCCCUUGCGUGCACAUUCCCGAAUUCGGCGACGCGUGCGCGCCGAUGGUUUGCGCUGAACUCAAGAUUCAGUCACAAAAUGACCGUGUGAAGCUUGAUGAAGCCAAGCAUCGGACGUACUUGAAGGGUUUCACGGAAGGCGUUAUGAUUCUUGGCAAUCAUAAGGGUAAGCCUGUGAAGGAAGCCAAGCCAUUGAUCAGACAAGAGAUGAUCGACGACAACACGGGUAUGGUGUAUAGCGAACCUGAGCGCACCGUCAUGUCGCGCUCUGGUGGCGAGUGUGUCGUUGCCCUCACCGAUCAGUGGUACCUCGAGUAUGGCGAAGAGGCUUGGAAGGCAAAGGCCGAGAAGUGCCUCGAGAACAUGAACUGCUACCACGACGAAGCUCGACACUCAUUUGAGCACACUCUCGGUUGGUUACGGCAGUGGGCUUGCAGCCGAUCCUUUGGCCUGGGUACGCGCAUGCCGUGGGAUGAGCAAUAUUUGAUUGAAUCGUUGUCGGACUCUACCAUUUAUAUGGCGUACUACACCGUUGCUCACUUGCUUCAAGGCGGUGACAUGUACGGUGAAGCCCGCCCGUCAGUGGAUCCGAGCAAAUUGACGGAUGAAGUUUGGGACGCUAUCUUCUUGGGCACCGCGAAGCCUUCUGAGGAUGACUUCCCGCGUGACUUGUUAGAUCGCAUGAUCAACGAAUUCAACUUCUGGUAUCCGUUCGAUCUUCGCGUUUCGGGCAAGGAUCUGAUCCAAAAUCACCUGACUUUUGCGAUUUACAAUCACACCGCGAUUUGGGAAGACGAAAAGAUGUGGCCGCGUUCGUUCAGAACGAACGGCCACUUGCUGCUGAACAACGAAAAGAUGAGUAAGUCUACUGGUAACUUUAAGACGCUUAAGCAAGCCAUCGAAGAAUUCAGUGCUGAUGCGAUGCGUUUCACAUUGGCUGAUGCGGGAGACACGGUUGAAGACGCGAACUAUGUCGACGACACCGCGAACGCUGCCAUUUUACGUUUGACCAAGGAAAUCACGUGGUACGAAGAGCAAAUGGCUGAAAUCGAAGCAGGUAAUCUGCGCACGACCGAGCCGAAUAAAUUUAUCGACCGUGUCUUCACGAACGCGAUGAACACGGCCAUCGCACAGACUCAAGAGCAUUACGAGAAUAUGAUGUUCCGCGAAGCGCUCAAGAGUGGUUUCUAUGACUUGCAGUCGGCGAGAGACGCGUACCGUCUUAUGAGCGCUGAAGAGGGUGGGAUGCACGCAGAUCUAACUAAGCGAUUCAUUGAAGUUCAAACGCUCUUGCUCGCGCCGAUUUGCCCGCAUACGUGCGAGCAUAUCUACGGCACUAUUCUCAAGAAGGAGGGCAGCGUCACCAGCGCAGGUUUCCCGAGCGGCGAGGUAGAGGAUGUCGCUCUCACCGCGGCGAACAAGUACUUGGCUGAUCUCAUCACGAACAUGCGUAAGGGCAUCGCAAAGUGCACGGCACCCCCGAAGAAAGGCCCGAAGGGCCCUCCUAAGGUUGCCAAAGAGGGAACUAUUGUCGUGGCGUCUGAGUUUGUGGGUUGGCGAGCGGUGUGUCUGAGCAUCUUAGCGGAAUCGUACGACACCAAGUCCAAGACUUUUCCUCCCGUGCCGGAUAUUUUGGCCAAGGUCAAAAGCAGCGAGCUUUCCGCAGACGCUAAUUUCAAGAACGUGAUGAAAAUGGUCAUGCCGUUCAUCAAGUUCAAAAUGGAUGAGGCCAACGUUGCCGGCGCAUCAGCGUUAAACACGAAGAUCAUCUUUGACGAAAUGGACGUCUUGAAGGAGAACAUUGACUUUAUCAAGCGUGCAUUAAGUCUAUCGACUCUUACCAUUUGCUACACAACUGGUGAAAACGCGGGUUCAAAGGCGGACGACGCCACGCCUGGCGCCCCAGCUUUUGAAUUUGUUGUCACGUCUGAUGAGGACCUCGCCGCCGGAGUCGCAAAUAUGCUCUUGGGAUGA